AUGUUCGGCAGGGGUCUUUAUUAUGAUUUUCAGGAUGACUAUGACUACGACUACGAUGAGUCUGACGGGGAUCAUAACUAUGAAUCGGAUGACAGCUACACCAGUAGUCGGCUCCUUGGAAAAUCAAUCGAAGAAGCCUCUUUUCACAUCGAAGAAGGCCCUUUCCGCAUCAAAAACCAUGUGCAGGGACCCAAGCUUCUUGCUGAACUCGCCAGCCAGCGCCAGAACGGGGAGUUUCUUGAUGUUGUGGUAGAAGUAGAGGGUAUAGAGUUCCCUUGUCACCGCGCUGUGUUGGCAUCGACACCGUACUUCAAAACCAUGCUGUCCUCCAAUUUCGCUGAAAGUAGCUCAAAUGUCGUGCACCUGCAUGAAACUGACUCCUCCAGCUUCUCUAAGAUCCUGGAAUUCCUGUAUACCGGGGAAAUCAGUAUCAGUAAAGACGAUGUUCAAGACGUUCUGCAGACGGCACACAUGCUACAGUUCGACAAGAUUCUGCAGUACUGCCAGAAAUUCAUCCAAGACAACCUUUGCCCGAAUAACUGUCUGGGCGUCUUGCGCCUGGCAGACAUGUAUGGUGAUCUUUCUGACCUGAAGAAGAGCGCGAGGACCAUGGCAGUCUCAAACUUCUCAGAGGCCACACAAGAUGAGGAGUUCCUUAGCCUUUCGUUGGAAGAUCUCUUAGAUCUACUCAGAGAUGACGAUCUGACAGCUACGACUGAGGACGACGUUGUCAAUUCUGUGAUAAGGUGGCUCAACCAUGCUCCCGAGAACCGACAAACGGCAAUCUUGAAGAUUUUGCCAGAGAUCCGUCUAUCCUGCGUGAAAGUCAGCCUGCUACGGAAACUCGAGUCACACCCUGCGAUACGGGACUCCGCAGAAUGCCUAGCAAAGAUCACAGCAGCCAUCGAGAGACAUACUCUCGGUACACAGGUACAGGAAGAAGAGGCAAGAAGCGGGGUAUCGGACAAGCUGGCAAUCAUUGUUGGCGGUUGGAAGGCAGUCAAUAAGCCACAUCUCCACAACAACGACGAGUCAGAACCCCUUUCUGUACAGCCUUCGCCCGGGCCCCUGCAAAGCAUGAUUUGCUUAGAUCCAGAUAAAGAACAAUACUACCACAUAGCUAACCUUCCAACGUCUGUCAAUGGGUACAUGAGUGUGGCAAGUGCGGAGGGUUAUCUGUAUGUAACAGGUGGGCGGGAGAAUCCUCUGGUCGAUGGUGAGGGUCCUAAACCUGCCCCAUCCAAGCAAGCAUUUCGGUACCAUUUCCCCUCAGACACUUGGCUGAGGUUGCCCGUCGACAUGCCAGUCGGCAGGGCAGGGCAUCAGUCGGUGGUCGUUGACGGGAAACUCUUUCUGGUCGGCGGUGGAAGUGACGGUGACGCUGAGGCGACGUCUUUGGUGACCAUGGAUUGCUAUGAUCCCAAAGAAGGGGCUUGGAUAAAGGUACCUUUGCGACCGACAAUACACACUUCAUCGGACUUGACAGUAACAGCCUUCGGAGACAAGGUUGUAUUCAUCACGGUGACUCCAACGGAGUCAGAUGGACUCUUCAACCUGUGUGUUCAUUCGUUUGAUGUGAAAACCAACGGUUGGAGAAAAGCCGAUACACGUUUUGGGAACGCCUGGGCGCAGACCCCAGACGUCUUUCUUCCGACUUCUGCCAACCACAAGCUUUACAUCCGUGCCGUAUAUACAUCGGCAGCACAUUAUUCCGAACAGUACAUUUUCGAUGACGAGGAGGAGACCCUCAAUAGAGACGAUACACACUAUUUCGAGGAUGACUUCCUUCGUGCGCAAAGGGAGUAUCACUACAUCUUCAUCACGAAUGGACAAGAAAUUGUGGACACCAUCAGCAACUACGCGUCCGGAAACAACUACUAUCCCAAAAAGCGGGCACCUCUUCCCUUUGCCUUAUUCGGCCAAAGCUUCCUUGAAACCCAGAAGAGCUGUGUCGGAUGGUACUGCCGGGACCUUGCAGUACUGGAGGAAGAGGACGAGCAAGAGAGGUUGGAUGAGGCCUAGGAAAAAUGUUGUGAUUCCUGUUUCCUGACCUACCCUAGAAAAACCUGUCGAUCCUAGCCCUUUUUGGGUGGGCAGCGGAGUCACACAGUUUCCAAUUAGAAUUUUUAUUCAUCCUCCUUCCUAUUCAAAAAACACUGCUUGUCUUAUCUAAUGAAGGAUAAAUAAAUCAACAAACUUGUAACCAGUAUGCACAAAAUGAAAGUUUGACAUUGAAAAUGCAAGUGACCUCAUGCAUGCAUUUCAGUUUUACAACAUUGUAUCACUAGAGGUUUCGCCAAGGUCUUAACCCUAUUCAGACCGGGCUUUUUUGGUCAUCCCUGGGCCGGG